AUGUUGAGCAUGCACUAUGUCAAUUGGUUUUGGCCACCAAUUGAACAUGCCCAAAUUGGCAACCAACUAAUUAUUUGUCCAAUUAAAAUUGUGGUUCAGUUUUUUAUCCAAAUCCCCAACGAAUCGACCAGAAGGGCAAAAGAUGCAGAACGUGUGAGGAAUGCCACCAUGCACCC